AUGAACCUCCGAUCGUUACUGGCGUUAUGCGCUGGGUAUCUGAGUGUCUCUGUGGACGCGGCACCGUCUAGCCCUGGCUCCGACUUGCUCUCAGUAGUGAGCCCGCGUGCAAACUGCGUGCCUAGCCAACUUUCGAGCGACACAUGGAAGAAGGAGGGCGUCGACAGCUUCUUGGCCAACGCCGCGAAACAUUACACAGAAUACUCCUCCGAUAAUGUGCAGGCUCUAGGUGCAUACUUGGGCGCCCCUAACUUCUUUUGCGGGGGCUGGAACAAUUACGUCAACAAUCUCAACCUCGCUGUAACCUACGCCGCCACCAUCCUAAGCCUGAAACUCGCAAAGGUAGUCAACGACCUGUGGCCAGCAAAGAAGGACAACGUCACCCCCAUGAAGCAGUUUCUCGCAUGGGUCAACGGAAUCCUAAACGCCUUCCCAACAACAGCAGCACUCGGCGCCACCGCGGGCAGCAUCGCCAGCACCGUUCAAGGUGGCAACAUUAUUGCGGGUGGGAUGAUGCUCGCGCCCAGCGCGGGCGGCCAGUUCCUGCGAUGGAGCGACCUGUCGAGCCAGAUGGGCGGCAAAGUCGACGAGUACAAGCAGGCGAUCGGAACGUACGCGAAAAAGGUCAUUGACGCGCCCAUCGACAACCCGACGUGGGGCAUCAACAAGGUCCUGAGCGGCGGCGGCUUCCUCUCCCGCCAGACGAACAUCACGCAGGACGAUUUCGACACGUGGAUGUACAAGACUGUCAGCGUGAACGCCAUGGCUUUGCUGAUGCAGGCGCAAAAUGUGUACAUUAUCCGCACUUUCAACAAGACGGCGUGCGAUGACUCGUCUGCUGCUAUCCUGUGCAGGCAGGAGACGAACAGCAAGUGGACUGAGUGGAGGUUCCAGAGGCAUGACAGCGAUGAUGAUGUACCUGAGCACCGGCUUGCCGAGAAGCUUAUACAGACGUAUGGGCUUACCAAGGAGGAGAUCUUGAAGGGGCCUGCGGACUGCUUUGAUAAGCAUGAUUAUGAGCAGCUGACGAACCCGUGGGAGACUGUGUCGGAGAAGGGUGUCGGCUUGGAGCCUGUGCAGUUGUGCAACUUUAAUGUUAAUGUCUGUAACAUGGACGCGGCGGAGGGGGGUGAAUAUGGGCCUACUGAUGUGUAUGAGCCUGGGCAUUCGGAUUGGAUGUGUGAGCUGCAAGGAAUUACAUGGACUUAA